GGUGCUGCUCUUUACGAAGAAAUUCACACAGAACAGGUGGUAACAGGGGUUGGGUGUGCGUGUCGCCUCGUACCUCGACAGCUGCUGCUUCAAUCAACCACUGCUCCGUACAAAACCAUCACCGAUGGUCUAGAGAACCACUUUCACAAUGUUUAUGCCCAAAGCUCAUCGAGUCGCCAUCUACGAGUACCUCUUCAAGGAAGGGGUACUAGUGGCCCAGAAGGACUUCUACGCGCCGAAGCACCCUGAACUGGAGACAAUCCCCAACCUGCACGUCAUUAAGACAAUGCAGUCGCUGAAGUCGAAGAACUACGUAAAGGAGCAGUUCGCAUGGCGCCACUACUACUGGUACCUGACCAACGAAGGCAUCGAGUAUCUGCGCGCCUAUCUGCAUCUGCCGUCCGAAAUCGUUCCAUCGACGCUCAAGCGUGCAGCACGCUCAGAGCCGCAGCGGGCCCGGCCACAGUCGGGACCGCGUCCGGAUGGUCCGAAGUCUGGCGAAGACCGACAGGCCUACCGCAGAACACAGCAGACAGGUCCCGCGGACAAGAAGGGGGACGUCGGUGCCGGAACGGGUGACCUAGAAUUCCGUGGUGGGUUUGGUCGUGGAAAUCGCAUGUAAGCCUGUUUCUGAAUUUGGCCGUGAAAAAAUCGCAAAAACUAUGAUCGCAAGAACUAUGCCUGUUCUUCUCUACUGUAGACUGGUCGCGAAAAUCGCUAGCCCUCAUCGCUGCAUUCGUUUGGUCCAAAAUUCGUCACUUGUAAUUGUGUCAUUUGAUGAAUAAUAAACCAAACAACAUUAAUCCACGGAAAAGAAACCGUCAGUUCUAUAAUUCUGU